GACCUCAAACCUACGAGUCAGCCAUUUUCUUUAUUUUAGUGUGUGUUUCUCUGGAAAAUAUUAGAAUAAAAUUUCAAAUGUAUUUGACAUUAGUGAGUAAUUAAAUCACUUGUGAUAUAUAUGGUUGCGUUGUUUCCCCUGGUAACAGGGGGUGAAGAAAUCUGCAGACAUUGGGCGCAUCGCAAGUAAACCCGUCAACAAACUAACCGUGUCGGGUAAAAACCACACUUCACCACAUAGACGUUGUGUAGCCACCAACGUGAAGAAAUCAAAACUACAAAAUAAAAUUGCAGCCGUCGAGAAUAUGAACCACGCUAUUGAUAGGGAAAAUCAGAACAAUGAUGUUGAAGAAAUGGAUACACAAGAAGCAGAAGCAAUGGACACUCCGAAUGAUGGUGGUGGAGGAAAUGUGGCUGUUGACAACCGUGCAGUGAACGGCGAGGUUCCCGAACAGUCUUUUCCCCAGGACGCUGAGAUGGCAGAGGCUGAAGACGAGGCUCGGUCGGAGGCGACGUUUCGGUACACAGUGAAGUGCCUGAGCAAGCUGAAGGACUCGCAGCUGUCCCCGCCCUGCUUCGUGCGCAACCUGCCCUGGAAGAUCAUGGUGAUGCCGCGCACCGCCCAGCCGCAGGACCGGUCCAACGCUGCAAAGAGUCUCGGCUUCUUUCUUCAGUGUAACGGUGAAUCCGAAAGUUCUACUUGGAGUUGUUUCGCAAAUGCAGAGUUGAAAAUAUUGGCGCAAAAAGAAGGCUGUGAUAAUUUCUCUAGAAAAAUCCAGCAUCUUUUCUACUACAAAGAGAAUGACUGGGGAUUCAGUCAUUUCAUGACAUGGAGCGAAGUCAUGGACCCUGAUAAAGGGUACAUUGAGGAUGACGCCAUAACCCUUGAGGUUCACGUGAACGCUGAUGCGCCUCAUGGGGUUUGUUGGGACUCGAAGAAGCACACCGGUUACGUGGGCCUCAAGAAUCAGGGAGCCACCUGUUACAUGAACUCGCUCCUACAGACACUCUAUUUCACCAAUCAACUCAGAAAGGCAGUGUACAAAAUGCCGACAGAAAGCGACGACUCGAGCAAGAGCGUAGCGCUCGCGCUGCAGCGGGUUUUUCACGAGUUACAGUUUAGUGACAAGCCGGUUGGCACUAAGAAGCUGACCAAGUCUUUCGGCUGGGAGACGCUCGACUCAUUCAUGCAGCACGAUGUACAGGAAUUCCUCAGAGUGUUAUUGGAUAAGUUGGAGAGCAAAAUGAAGGGCACUUGUGUGGAAGGAACAGUGCCUAAACUUUUCGAAGGAAAAAUGGUUUCUUUUAUUGAGUGUAAAAAUAUAGACUACAAGUCAACCCGUGUUGAAACUUUCUACGAUAUCCAGUUGAAUAUCAAGGGAAAGAAAAACAUUACAGAGUCGUUUGGCGACUACAUAAAGGCAGAGGUGUUGGACGGAGACAACAAGUACGACGCGGGCGAGCACGGCCUGCAGGACGCUGAGAAGGGAGUCAUCUUCUCUCGCUUCCCCCCUGUCCUGCAUCUGCAUCUCAUGCGCUUCCAGUAUGACCCCAUCACUGACUGCUCUGUCAAGUUCAACGACAGGUUCGAAUUUGACGAGAAAGUUUGCCUGAAUGGGUACCUGCAGAAGCCAGAGGCGACAUCUGCCGACUACACACUGCACGCUGUCCUCGUGCACAGUGGAGAUAACCACGGAGGACACUAUGUUGUUUUCAUCAAUCCCAAGGGCGACGGACGGUGGUGUAAGUUCGACGACGACGUGGUGUCGCGGUGCACGCGUGAGGAGGCGAUCGACCACAACUUUGGUGGCCACGACGAGGACCUCAACAUGACGGUGCGCCACUGCACCAACGCAUACAUGCUCGUCUACAUCCGCGACUCCGAGCUCAACAACAUACUGCAAGUCGUCACCGAGGAUGACAUCCCACAUGAGUUGUCGGAGAGACUCCAAGAGGAAAAGCGUCUGGAGGGCAUCAGGCGAAAGGAGCGCAACGAGGCCCAUCUCUACAUGACGAUCAACGUGAUCCUGGAGGACAGCUUUGUCGGCCACCAGGGCAACGACCUCUACGACCCCGAGAAGGUGUCCUGUCGCGUCUUCAAGGUCAAGAAGACUAUGACCGGGCAGGAUCUGCUCAAACUGUUGUCUGAAACUUUGAAAUACCCGAUCUAUCAGAUGCGACCGUGGCCGAUCAGCAACCGAUCGAACCAGACGUACCGGCCGACCGUGCUCGACUACGACAACGACCUGCACAAGACAGUGUCGGACAUAUCGGAGUCGCAGAGUGUGUGGCACGUGUUCGUCGAGACGAUCGAGCCCGACUCGGAGGUGACCAAGCUGGGCUCGUUCGACAAGGAGACGGACGUCCUGCUCUUCUUCAAGUUGUACGACCCCAAGGCCAAGCGCAUCUACUACUGCGGCCACCAGUAUGUGCCUGUCGCCACCAAAGUUCAGGAACUUUGUCACAUAUUGAAUGAAAGAGCAGGAUUCCCCCCGGACACAGAAUUAGCGCUUUAUGAGGAAAUUAGGCCAAACCAAGUUGAGAGAAUAGAGAGGUUCAAUGAACCUUUGGAGAAGGUGGCAUUGGUUGAUUUCCAGGUUCUUGAAGAAUUGAUGGAUGGCGAUAUAAUCGUUUUUCAAAAGGAUGAAAGUGAAGACAUUUAUGAACUUCCCACCUGUAAAGAUUAUUUCAAGGAGCUGUUCCACAGAGUGGAGGUGACAUUCUGUGACAAGACAAUUCCGAACGACAUCGGCUUCACAAUGGAACUCAACUCGAAGAUCAACUACGAACAGAUGGCGCAGGCGGUCGCCAGCCGCGUCGGCACCGACCCACAUCGGUUGCAGUUCUUCAAAACACAAAACUACAAGGAUUGCCCAGGUAAUGCUUUGAAAUGUAAUUACGAAGGAACGCUAAAGGAAUUGCUGUUGUAUUCAAAGUCGAAAGGUGUGAAAAAAGUAUACUACCAGCAGUUAUCGAUAUCAAUUAGUGAACUAGAGAAUAAAAGGUUAUUCAAGUGUCUUUGGGUUGGUCCUAAGUUGAAAGAGGAGAAGGAAAUUACACUUUACCCCAAUAAGAAUGGAACAGUUGCAGAUUUAUUAGAAGAAGCUAAGAAGGUAGUUGAAUUAUCUCCAGAUGGAUCUGGAAGGUUAAGGAUAUUUGAGGUAAAUUGUAAUAGGCUUCACCCAGGACCGAAAGAGGACAUGCUAUUGGAGCAACUCAACCCAGGAUCGGGAAACCCCAAAAACUAUAGGAUAGAGGAAAUACCUAAAGAUGAGAUCGAUGUAGAAGAAAAUGAAAUGAUAGUUCCGUGUGCACACUACCAAAAAGAUGCCUUCUCGACUUUCGGCAUACCGUUUGUUAUUAAAAUGAAACAGAUGGAACCACUUUCAAAGUUGAAGAUUAGAUUGAUGAAGAAAUUAGGCGUUCAAGAAAAAGAAUUUGAAAAAUUUAAAUUUGCGUGGGUGAAUGUGAAUGGUAGCAACAAGAUAACUCACCUCGAAGAGGAUAGCUUAAUAAAUUUGACUGAAUUCAAACAAGCUAUGCAAACGGCCCAAAGCCCAUCAAACAAACCCUUCUUCGGUUUGGAUCACGUGAACAAAGCGCCAAAACGGUCAAGAUUCAACUACUUGGAAAAAGCCAUUAAAAUUUACAACUGAAGCCGAAACAACCGAUUGAAACUGGACCAGUGACUAAUGGUCAAGCCAGCCGCGACACUAGUGGGAGUUGGACCUUCCUUGCAAGUGUGUGUGCGCGCGCAACGAAGCUAGUGGAAUACUCGCUAGUGGAACAGAGAGUGGUUACAGACUUGUUGAACAAGGACAGUUGUUCGCAAUAAUCGCUUCUAAACGCCAAUCAGCGACAGUCGCCGGACAUCAUUGAGGGUGAUUUAUUGUUUUUAGAAAAUGAUGCUUUUAAUUACCGCCGUCAAUCACUGAUAUUAACGCUAGCUGGGAGGGGGGACCGCCCCCCUCCGGCACUCUUCUCCUCUCGGCGCUCUUCGCCAACUCAGUCUCAUCAGUCUCACACAAAACGUGAUCGAAUCAAUCGACAAUUUACAUCAAUGACAAUGUUUAUUUAUUGAAUUGUAUCCGUCAUGUAUCAACAUUUUAUUAAUAUUAAUAAUUAUAAUGAUAACAACAUCACAUUGACUAUUACCACUAACUUAUUAAAGUGAUAUUCUGUUCCA